ACUACACAUAGAAUGUUAAUUCUAGUGGAAUCUUCUCUGUUCCUCUUAUCACCAAUUUUAGCCUUAUAUGUUAAAUAUUUUUAUUUCAUAUUUUUCAAAAUGCACAAUUCCACAAUUUAACCAAUGAACCGACAUUUUUAUCGGCACCUUUCUAAUUUAACUAGAAAACAUGAUUUUUUAAAGAUAAAUCAAUUGAGGCAAAGGGGCCUUCUAUUGUACAAUCUUCCCCCUGAAACACUGGAUUCUAAUGAUUCCGUUGUAAAACUUCUUUCAAAAUGUAAUAUAAACAUAUGUAACGAUGAUGUCCAUAUUAUGAGGACAAGAUUUGGGUUUCCUCUGGGAAAGGCAUUAAUUUUAAUUGACCGACUUACACCUAACUAUGAUUUUAAAUUUGACGAUACCACCGCCAAUGACUCAUCAAAUUCUUCUGAAAACUUAUCACAUCCCUCUAAAAACUCGGAUUCUACCAACGCAAGUUCUAUUAGACUUGUUUAUAAUUCAAUACUUGACAACUUACCUAAAGAGUCCAGCGCCUACCUGUGUGACGAACACGAAGUUUCUUGCUUUGUUGAACAGUGUGAAAGACUUUUAACACUUCCACAUGAUUUAAGGAGACUUUCUAAUCCUGAACUCCUCCACAGGGUAGUUACAGUAACAGGAGCUCCUAGAUCUUACGGAAGAGUUGAACUCUCCAAUGUUAUAUACGACAAUACCAGGGUCAAAGUGGACCCGAAAAAUAUAAUAUUUCGCUUCAAAGCUAACGGCGAUCAGGAUUCAUUGGCUUGGGUAAUUUGCAAUUCUGAUAAAGAAGUUAACACCAUCAUAUCUAAGCUUCAGGAAGUCCCAAUACCAAGAAGAUACCAAUAUGGAAAUUUAAUGGGCGCUUCAUUUCUGUAUUCCUCUAGAAGCUCAUUCUUCUUAUCGCAUCCAUCACUUGAUUUUAUAACAAACAGAAGUAAAUAUCAGAUAUUUACAAUGGGUUGGCAUUCUGACGUUGACGAGUCUGAACUAAGGACUCUUACUGAAAGCCUUAAGUUUUACCCGAAAGAUAUAAAGGUUUUCAAAAUCAACUCAAAAGACCCUGAAAAGAGUGAAACUUGCGCUUUCUUAGAGUUUGACAGGAUGAGAAACACAAAAAAAGUUAUGACCAGGCUACAAAUGAUCAAGAAGAGGUGGAAGAUCCCAGAUCACUCGGGAUUUUAUUCUUAUCCAAGAAUAGCCGAUGUGUGGUGGAAGUCAGAUAAUGGAUGCCAUUAUAAUGAUUCGCAUUUCAAUGCAGACCUUGAUGAACCUGUAGAAUAUUAAUUUCCCCCAAAAUUCA